AUGCUCUCGACGGGAGGUCUGGCCCUCUUCCUGGUCAUCGCCCAUGGAGCCCAGGCCUUCAUAGGGGACGCGCAGGUAUCUUAUAGGUCCUCGGAUGUCCCUUGGGACGGAGGCAGCAGCCGCAACCCCGCGGGCUGGGGGCCGUUUGGCGGCAGUGACGGGUCUCAGCGCCGCUUCUCCCUGCGCGAGCUUGAGCGCGGCAGCAAGCUGCCCCCGCAGGCGCUCAUGCGCAUCGCAACUGCACAGCAGCCGUCCAAAGCCAGCGACGGCGGCGGCGCGUUCACUUGCCAGAAGUACGACCCGGCCACCCAGUCACUGCAGGCCAACGCGACCCUAAUCCGUCGCCUGGUCCUGCCCAAGCCACAGCAGUUGCCUGGCAGCUUCCCAACCGUCGGCGCCCCGUCAGUCAAUGACAUCAUCACAGCGGUAGCCUCCGCGUUCAGCGUGCCCUCGGCGACGCUGCGGCUGGCGCAGGCGCAGGGGCGGGCGCAGCCUGUGGAAGCUGACAAGGUGGAUGAUCUGGGGAUGCGCCAUGUGCGCCUUGAACAAGUGCAGCCGUACAUGGGCGAGCUGUUUGGGGUUGAGUACGGCGCGCUGAAGGUGCACCUGCGCAAUGCGGCCUCGGGGGUUGAGAUCUACCUUGUGACAGGCGGUUACAUCGACGACGUCGAGGGCCGCCUUGCGGCCGGCGCACUGAAGCGCAGCGGCGGCGGCGGGCGCGUCAGCUAUGGCUACGGUCCCAUCACAGGCCAGGUCGCCACAAGCAUCGGCGUCCAAUCCGCCCUCGGAGGUGCAGGCGGCGGCGGCGGCGGCGCAGCGACCGCUGGCGCGAGUCCAGCGGCCACCCUGGUCCAGGCGGCCGUGGCCCGCGCGCGGCGGCGGCAUGCUGGCGGCAGCGGCGGUGUGCCUCGCGGCCUGCCCGGCGGCGGCGGCGGCGGCGGCGGAGACGCGGCGCAGCCAUACGAGGCCGCCGGUGCGCGCGGGGAGCCGCGGCGUGUCGUCUACUGCGCCGGCGACGGCACGUGCCAGGCCGCGUGGCGGCAGCAGGUGAUGGUGCCCGCCGCCUACACGUCCACAAAGGCGCCCAGGGAGAUGCACGUGUACGUCUCCGCCUCAGACGGCGUUGUCAUCGCGCAGCACGACCGCCUGCGCACCUUCCGCGCUGCCGGAACCGCCGCGCCGCCCGGCCCUGCGGCCGUCGCGCCGCCGUCGCUGCUGCCGCCGUCGGCGUACGUCAAGGCGCGGUCCUCGACCCCCGAGGCGCGCGGCGCGGCGGAGCGGAUCAACGCGAUCCUCGCGCGCAAGUACGACGGCCCCAGCAUGAUCGCAAGCCAGGGCAUUGGGCAGACGCUGUACUCUGGCCAAGUCCCGCUCGACACCGCGCAAGUGACGCGGCUGACGAACAAGGGCGCCCGCCCGAGCGACGUGUACGUGCUGACUGACCUGAAGCGGCUGGGGCUGAAGACGUACGACUUGAGGGGCCGCGUGGACGAGGGGCGCGACGGCGGCGCGAUGGGGGAGGUGGUCAACUCGAGGAAGAACCAGUGGUGA